UUGUUUAAUGCAACAGGAUAAAGUUUAACGUGAAUGUUUCAGUGCUGUGAAAGUCUCCAAGAACUUUGUCGUCGAGAGCUGAUUCGUUCCGUGGGAAGUAGAAAGCUUCUUCAAAGGCUGCCUCUUCCCCGAAACGUCAUCGAAUGGCUGAAGGAGUACGAUGAACCUGCUGCAUUCGACCCCAACAGUAGCUCCGAUGAAGUGGUUUUCUCCAACAAUAACGAAACCAUCACUUUUACUGGAAAUGGCUACAGCACAACUUUGAUUCUUACCCCCGGUGGUCAUGGUUACACUUCUGGUAAACAUGAGUGGGUGUUCUACUUUAACAAUUGCCGAGGCCAAGUGGCAGUUUGUCUUGUAACAGCAGAAUUUAAGAAGGCCAGAGCAUUCAGAACAAUGCCAGCGAUUGGCAGAAAAAUAGGCUGGGCUUACAAUCAAAUUGGGUUUCUAACCUUUGAUGUUCCUAUCUGGGAAGCUAUGGAUGGAAAGCGAAAUGAAAGCUACCACACCUGGGAUAUGAUAGGAAUUAUUCUUGAUUUAGAUAAAGGAACACUUGGUUUUAUGAAGAAUGGAAAGGAACUGGGGGUAGCUUUUUCAAAAGGGUUGCGUGGCAAAGAGGUAUUCCCAGGAGUUUGCUUAUGCUCUGGAGAGGAACAAGUCACCUUUGUAACCAGUAGAACCUAUGUGUGAAAGCGUUGGAGCAGUUUUGAAUCAAUAUUAAACCAUCAAAACAAAAA